AUGAAGUGUUUCCAUUGGACUGUUGUCCUUGCUGCUCUACUUCAAACGGCAGCUACAGAGCAAACCUCGUCAAGCGAUGGCGCCCAGCCGCUAGGCCACAUUGUGGUCCUCAAGCCAGGAUUGGAGUCCAAACACCUCGAACGUCAUCUUGAAUGGGUAAAAUCCGUCCACAAGCGCAGCCCGGAUAAUGAUGGCGAGAACCAUCAUGGCGUGAAACACACGUAUGACGGGGAGGACUAUGGGUUUCUUGGCUACGCAGGGCACUUUCCGCCGAGUGUGCUCGAGGAUAUAAAACGACACGAGCAUGUUGACUUUGUAGAGCGAGACCAGGCCAUUACCCUCGUGCUUCCCGGAGAAGAAACGCCAGAGAGCCAAGCGGUUUCCCAAGAUAACAACAAGCAGAGCAGCAGGAUUGUAGGCCGUGGCGGUUUGACCAUGGGACAGGGGUACAAUACGUUUUUGGACAAGGGAGCGAUGCACAACGCCGUCCUCUUUAGCGAGGGAAUGAAUAAGAGAAGCGAAAAUUCUACAGCAGAGUUGUUCAACCAGGACAUGAUGACGAGGUUCAACUUUACGCCGCCCAGCGCAGACUUGACGGAUAUCGACAUGUCGUACUUUGACCGGCCUGAUCCACGCGCUCUCAUAGAACAAGCUCUUGCCGGCUUGGCCAGGGACGGAAAAAACACGACUGACCUCACCAAACGACACACGAGGACUGCUAGCCAAGACGAAUGCAACGGCAGCAUGCGUUUCACGUCGGAGCUGGUCGAAAAUUACGAGCAAGUCCCACCCAACGUCCCAAGCUUCCACGAAGGCGGGAAAAUGAUUGCUCGGGUAACUUUUACCGCCAAGAAUCAAAUUGCCAAGAACGACCUCCAAGCGCAGGCCAAGGCUUCGCUGCGAUUCUGGGGUGUAACCGGGGACAUUGAAGCAUCGGCCAAGAAGAGCAUGGAGGACGUCAACACAAACGCCGACGUGGAGAUUAAGCUCUUCUACCAAGGAGAGCUGGGCCGGUUCAUGCUGCAGUCGGGCUCCCCCAAGAGCAUCAGCGAGGGCACCGCGCAGGCGUCGUUUCUGCAGGCCAAAUCGUGGGCCGAUCAAUUUAUCCAAAACGCCUGCCAGCACCGCUACGCGUACCGGCCGCUUCUCGACGAGUACAGAAACAUAGAGGGCUUCCCUGAAGACCAGGGCGUGCCCGACUAUUACGUUGCGCAUAGAAUGUCGUACAUGAUUUUGAGUCAGAUUGUUGUCAUUUCCGACAUGAAGGACUAUCUGCUGAGCCGCACCGAUCUUGACAUCAAGCUCAAGUACAGCAUCCAGGUUGACGAAAUUAAAAUGGUGCAGCUGGGCAGGGACUGGGUCCAAUCUACCGUUGAAAAGCCAGAGGAUGCCAUAACAACCGCAGGGGACCUCCUUGAAAAGUUUGACAAGAACUUCCGCGCCAAGUACGAAAUGCUCAUGCCGCAGAAACCGUACAUUGCCGGAGUCAAGGUCGUCUACGGCGGAUACCCAAGCAAGGACCCGCCGGCGGGCAGGGUCAAGGAAGCCGAGGGCCGUUCUGACGAUAUUAAUCACGGUCGGGGCGGAGAUUUUGUUUGGCUUGUUCCGAUCCGUACGGAUCACGCCGAGGAUGCGUGCACCUCUUUUGAACUCGUCAUCGACCAAGUCCCCGACGAGUUUGGAAACCUGGUCAAGGGCUCCAAGGACAAGAGCCGGUAUCUGCGGUGCAAGAAGAGUUCGUCGAGAGACAAGAUCCGCCGACUGGUGCUGUCUCGGCUAGAAGCUGCGCCUGCGCCUGCACCACGGGUCACCAAGGAUCGUCUGGCUUUCAUCAAGAGCUUGCUAGGCCGCUCAUGGGUCGAGAAGGUCCGGUUUUUACGGGCCUUCACGGGCAAGACAUCGAAUAUCAACCAGGGCCGGCAUGGGGCGGAUGAAUUGUAUCUCCUCUGGUCGCCCCGGGAAUAG